AUGGAUUGUUUGCGCGAUUAUGUGGUUGGAUCACGCUGGCAGCCUGGUGCUGUCUGUGCGGUGUGCUCACGCCAGGUUCGUAGUGUGCAUGAGUUGCAAGUCGAAGCUGACACUGAUCUCCCGUUGAGCUUGGAAUUGUUGCAGUUGAAUGACGUGUUCAUUACAGCGAAGUGUGUCAUUCAGUCAUUGUCGACCGAAUUCACUUAUGAAUGCAGCAUUCUUGAUGGGCUUAUGUUGGACAAAACAGGAAUUACCGGAUGUACCCCUCUCGCGUGCACUCUGAGUGUUUGCGAGGCUUGCUUCAAUUUGUUGUCCCGGUCGAACGUCCCCCGCUUUGCAUUGGCAAACAAGCUUUAUCGAGGCCAUCUACCACCACAGUUUCAAGAACUCACAUGGGUCAAGGAAAUGGUAUGUGCCAUCUACCACAACACGGCCCAUGUCACACGCCUCUAUCAGUCCAGUGACCCUGCUCAACCAUUGGUUUUUCACGGCAACACUUGUGCCCAUGAAACGAACAUAGUGUCCACGGCCAAGGUCCUGCCUCGCACUCCUGCGGAUAUAAAUGGGAUGCUGACUGUUGUAUUUGUAGGGCCUGCGAAACUGACUCCACAUUCCCUCAAGACCUUGUUUAGAAUUUGGAAACAGUUGGUAUGGUCGUUCUUGCGCUGGCUGUGCAACCAUAACCGUUUGUACGAACACAUUGUUCUAGAUGAUGCUGUAAUGGACCUGUAUCUGGAGGAUGGCGCAGUUCCUGGCAUUGCUGAUCGUGUAAUCUAC